AUGNAUGUGCUCAAGUAUGUUCGGCCGGGCUCUGGAUUCGUUCCCAAAACUGUCAUGUUCAAGAAGGUCGAAGUCAACGGCGUCAACACCCCGCCUGUCUACACUUAUCUCAAAGCGAAAUUGCCACUUCCCAUCGACAACCCGGCCAUCCUGUCUCGUCGCAAACCGAAAAAGUUCACCUGGACUCCAGUGCGUCGCAAUGACGUGUCUUGGAACUUCGAGAAAUUCCUCAUUGACCACAAAGGGCAGCCCUUUCGUCGCUACAGUCCCUAUUGCCCCAUCAACGUGCUCACCAAUGACAUCCAGAAACUAGUGGACCGCGCCUGUAACACUAAGAAGCCAGCACAGAAACGGAAGUGCCCGCCUUCUUCCGGAUGCGACGCAAGGGAAAUUGAGUCUCAGAUAAUUAUCCAACAUACGCAGCAAAAUGCUGUUGGUAGAAUUCAGGCUGUGGUUAAGGAUAAGCCCAGCAAAAAGGAAGAAAACGAACAGAGUGACGACGACGAUGAUGACGACGACGACGACGACGACGACGAUGAUGACGACGACGAUGAUGAUAAUGUGAAUGACAAAGAAGAUGACUUGGAUGAUAUUGAAGGCGAUGAAAAAGAAAAGCCUGUUGCCUAG